AUGAUCGCUGCAAUACUGCCACUGCUAGUCCUCGUCUACCCAUUCCAAGAUCAGUCCACCUUGGCUCAGAUUAGCACUCAGGAUCUCGAGAAUGAAGCCGCCCAAGAAAUAGCUAAUCGCACAUAUGUGGAGGAGCAGACCGAGUUACAGCGUACCAUACUGCGUAAGUACAACAAACGAGUUCGUCCCAAACUGAACACAUCCGAACCACUGGAUGUUGCCGUCCACGUAUACAUUAUGCAUAUUUCGGUGAAUCAAUUCGAACAAACGAUUACCCUUAAUGGACAUAUUUAUAUGACGUGGAAGGAUGAGUAUGCUGUUUGGGAGCCAAGUGAGCAUAAUGGAGUUCGGAUUACAAUGGUUAAACAGUGGGAGUUGUGGACACCGGAACUGAGGAUCACAAACAGGUCUCUCUCAAACUUAUUCCAAGUCCGUUUCUCCUAUGAAUGUCUCUCCAGUGACAGUUUUUGA